AUGGCUUCACUUUCAGAAUAUGCACUGCGUGUGUCUUGUGUGAGUGCCUGGAUCUUUGGUGAAGUGGCCAGGCCUACUGAUUCAAAGUUCAUGAAAGUAGUGAAUAUGUUCAGUAAACAGCCCUUGGCCAAAAAGAAAGAGACUUAUGACUGGUAUCCAAAUCACAACAAGUAUUUUGCGCUCACGGGCACACUCCGUUUCCUUGGCCUUUACAGAGAUGAGCAUCAGGAUUUUAAGGAUGAGAAAAGACAUCUAAAGAAGCUCCGUGGAAAGGGAUGUAUCUCAUUAACUUUUCACAUAUUAGUGGAAAGUGACCUUCCUCAGUAGAGAUCAACCCAUGUUUGCAUGCACUUCAGUUAAGCGGUGACUGGCUUCUUGAAGAUACUCUAAUUCUUCAAAAUUACAUUUACAUUGGUUUUGUAAUCUGAAGUUCACCAACUUCUCUAAUGGAAUGAAUAAACUGCUGUUUAACAAUUUGUUUAAAAAAAACAUUUUAUGUACAACUGCAGGAGAAAUAAUACACAGAUAGCUUGAACAUAAGAACAGGUUAUAAUUUAAAAGUCCAGGGUUAUUUUAAACAGUAAAAUAUUUUCUCUGUAGAAAAUAGUAUAAAUGAUAACAUUUCCCAAUAAGCCCUUUUAAGCCAAACAAUAGCUGAAUUAUACAUAUAAAUAUUGAUUAGUUUCUGGGAUACAGAAGAAACCUAUCUUCAUCUGUUCAGAGAGCUAUGUUUUACUUAAGUUGUGUAAGUGAGAUUCCUAUUCAUCUUCCCCUUCAUUGUUUGAUUUACGGUAGACAUUUUUCUAUAGGAUAAUCCAUAAUCUAAAAAGAUUUUAGCCUCCCCUCCUGAAAGUACGGCCAGCAUUUUCUUUCAUCAGCUUGAUACAGUACAAAUUCUUAUCCUAAUAGUGACAUUAUCUCAAGAUGGAGAAGAAAGGAAUAUAGAGCAAUGAUUUACUAAGUACAGAAUCUCUGUUUUGUGUGAUGGA